AGCUCUCUGAGGAUAAAUGCCAGCACAUAACCGCUUUCAAAGCAUUCCUUCAAUCUUUUAAGCUCGCACACUUGUGGUGUUGCAGCUUGGGGGGGUUGUAGUCAGGAAGUCCCUGAUAGGGUUUAUUUAGGAUCAGGGGUUAUUUGAUAUUUGGGUUUUAUUAGAGAUUGCAUUUUGAACUGGGUUUAUCCAAUCAGGUUAAAACUGAUUAACGGAAAACACAUGACCAAAAUGAUAGUCACAGGAUUUAGUUCAAUAAAUGAACAACGUCUCCCCUUGUACGAGGGGAGUACGUUGAGAUCCAGUUAUCCUCGACUAUUUACUACACCAUUCAGUGUCUAUUUUGGUCGCCGCCAUGUUCCGUUCGCAAACUUGACUGAUGACUUUCCUGGUCAUAUUUCCACGACGAAUGAUGCAUGGCUGAAUCAGUUGGAUGAGCUGGAAAAGACUAUACUGCCAAAACUUCAUCAGAAGACGAUCAAGUAUACUGGUGCCAUGGUGGAGGCUACUGAUCAGAUGCGUAAGUUUAAUUUGCUUGAAUUUAAGACGGAAGUCGUCGUCAUGAUACUCGCAGAGACUUCUUCUCAGGUUCUUACGUUUAUAGGACAAGUGCCACCGGCUAGCCAAGAGCUGAAGUCCGAGACUGAGGGUACGUAA